AUGACAAAACAACGAGCCAUAAUAAUUCUCUUUGAUUGUGAAGACCGACGUGCAAGUUUAUUCGGCGAUAUAUCUGUGUUUCAGCAAAUACCGUCGAAUUGUGAAUGCUGUUUGUUUUGGAACAAAAAUAACCAAGCAUUGACUAAUAAAUUCGACCAACUACGUGAUAAUAAUAAACAAGUUUACUUGUACCCAUCAAAUAUAGACAAAACAAGUAAAUCAGUAAUUGAUGCUCUUACUCAUGUUGUAAAUCAAUAUUUAUAUCGGCAUCGUUCUAUCAUCAUUGUUCACAGUCAAGGUGAUAUUUAUAACGAAAUCGUGCAAAAAUUUAAUGCAUAUUGCAGCCAAAACAUAAUCCUCGAUAGAAAAAUCCAGUAUUCAGGUGUUCAAGCUCUUCGAGAUGUGUUUGCAGAACUUGACAACCAGGACAAAAAAACGAUCAGCAAGCAACAACCGAAAGCGCCUACAUCACAAUCCCAAACUAAAUAUGGACAGUACUGUUUGAAACGUUCAAGAUAUUUCGGAACUACUAACGGCUUAAACCAACACAAUACAGCAAUACAUGAGUCAAAACCAUCAGGAUAUAUUUGUUCGUGUUCGUUCAAAUGUCGGACUCAAGCUGAAUUUAAUCGUCAUCAAAGACAACGACGAGAGAUCGUCGAUGAUCAAGGCGUUGUUAUAUCUUGUUUGAAUACAGGCGAACCUGUCGAAAUCUAUGUUACUCCAGAUUCGGAGGCCUUGAUUUUUCUAGGUGGUAAAAUGAAUGCGUGUGUUUUCGAAUGUCAUCGCCAAUGGUUUACACCGACAGCAUUAAUGCGUCAUUUCAAAGGAGUACAUGAAAAUCAGAUUGAUAUUCGAAUACGAUGCUGUGAUGAUGAUAUCAUGUAUACUCCAGACGAAUUUCGUGCUCAUAUCGAGUCUCAACAUUAUCUUACGGAUUUUGAAUGA